AUGUUCGUACUCAAUGAUAAUAAACCUAUUUGGGUACGAGAUAAUGAACAUGGAUUUCUUCUUGGUAAAAUAACCGAUAUUGGUUCCGACAACAUUACUGUUCAAUUGAAAGAGAACAGAAAGACAUUAAUUGUACCGUACGAUUCGGCAUUUCAAGCAGAAGAAUAUGAGAAAGAUGUUGAUGAUAAUUGUGCACUUAUGUAUCUUAAUGAAGCAACAUUAUUACAUAAUGUUCGUCGUCGUUAUAAAAAAGAUUUAAUUUAUACUUAUGUAGCGAAUAUUUUAAUUGCAAUUAAUCCUUAUAAAGAAUUAACAGGUCUGUAUUCAAUUGACUCAAUCAAACGUUAUAAUGGAAAAUCACUUGGUAUUAUGCCACCACAUGUUUAUGCCAUUGGUGAUAAAGCAUAUCGUGAUAUGCGCAGUGUCAAACAAAGUCAGUCAAUAAUAAUAUCAGGCGAAUCCGGAGCUGGUAAAACUGAAUCGGCUAAAUAUGUUUUACAAUAUUUAACCGAAUCGUAUGGUGCACAUAAUGGUCAAAUUGAAGAUCGUAUAAACAAAUCCAAUCCAUUAUUAGAAGCAUUUGGCAAUGCUAAAACAACUCGUAACAAUAAUUCAAGUCGUUUUGGUAAAUUUAUUGAAGUUCACUUUAAUGAUAAACAUCGUGUUGUCGGUGGUUAUAUAUCCCAUUAUUUACUUGAAAAAUCUCGUAUAUGUGUUCAAUCAAAAGAUGAACGAAAUUAUCAUAUAUUUUAUCGUUUAUGUGCUGGUGCACCUGAAAGUAUUCGAAAUGAAUUACGACUUACAUCACCAGAUAGUUUUCAUUAUCUUAAUCGUGGUUGUACACAAUAUUUUUGUAAUAAUCAAACAGAAAAAUCGAUAUCAAAAACUCGUCGAAGUCAAGAUUUUAUAUCAAAAGGUGCAUUACGUGAUCCACAAUUAGAUGAUUUUAAUGAUUUUAAUGAAUGUGAUGAAUCAAUGGAUCAAAUGGGUUUAACAACACAAGAUAAAUUAAAUAUUUAUAGUACAGUUGCAGCUGUUUUACAUGUUGGAAAUAUUAAUUUUGAAGAUGAUCCAGAAAGUACAAAAGGUGGUUGUAAAAUAACAUCAGCAACAGAAAAAUCAUUAAGUAUAACAGCUGAAAUGCUUGGUCUUGAUCAACGUGAUUUACGUAAUGCUUUAAUAACAAGAGUUUUAAUGACAAAAACAACUAGUAGUAGUAAAGGAACGGUUAUUCCUGUUCCAUUAAAAGUUCAUGAAGCACAAAAUGCACGUGAUGCAUUAGCUAAAGCAAUAUAUAUUCGAUUAUUUGAUCAAAUAGUUACGUUUGUUAAUAAAUCAAUACCAUUUAGUUCAUCAAUUUCAUAUAUUGGUAUUCUUGAUAUAGCUGGUUUUGAAUAUUUUCCUGUAAAUUCAUUUGAACAAUUUUGUAUUAAUUAUUGUAAUGAAAAAUUACAACAAUUUUUUAAUGAACGUAUACUUAAAGAAGAACAAUUAUUAUAUGAAAAAGAAGGUCUUGGUUUGAAAAAAAUUAGUUAUAUUGAUAAUCAAGAUUGUAUUGAUUUAAUCGAAGCAAAAACAACUGGUUGUUUUGAUUUAUUAGAUGAAGAAAGUAAAUUACCAACACCACGACCAGAACAUUUUACAACUGAAGUUCAUAAUCGUAAUAAAGGCCAUCCAAGACUUGAUUUUCCACGAAAAUCUAAAUUACGUGCAUCACGUGAAAUUCGUGAUGAUGAAGGUUUUCUAAUUCAACAUUUUGCUGGUAGUGUUGUUUAUUCAACUGCACAAUUUAUCGAAAAAAAUAAUGAUGCUUUACAUGCAUCAUUACUUAUUUUGGUUCAAGAAUCUAGAAAUAGUUUUAUUAAAAAUCUUUUUCCGAAAGCACCCGAACGUGAACAAUCGGCAGGAAAAUUAAAUUUUAUUUCGGUUGGUUCAAAAUUUCGUUCACAAUUAGCUGAUCUUAUGAAUAAAUUACGAAGUACUGGUAUUAGUUUUAUUCGUUGUAUUAAACCAAAUCUCAAAAUGGUUCCAAAUUUAUUUGAAGGUGGUCAAAUUCUAAGUCAAUUACAAUGUAGCGGUAUGGUAUCAGUGUUAGAUUUAAUGCAACAAGGUUUUCCAUCACGUACACAAUUUGCUGAAUUAUAUGCAAUGUAUAAAUCAUAUUUACCGAAAGAAUUAGCACGGCUUGAUCCACGUCUUUUUUGUAAAGCAUUAUUUAAAGCUUUAAAUCUUCAUGAUACAGAUUUUAAAUUUGGUUUAACAAAAGUUUUUUUUCGUCCGGGAAAAUUUGCUGAAUUUGAUGUAAUUAUGAAAUCUGAUCCAAAAAAUUUAGCUGUACUUAUAUCUAAAGUUAAACAAUGGCUUUUAUGGACACGAUGGAAAAAAGCUCAAUGGUGUGUUUUAUCAGUUAUUAAACUUAGAAAUAAAAUUCUUUAUCGACGUCAAUGUUUAGUUGAUAUUCAAAGACAUGUUCGUAUGCAUUUAGUUUAUAAACGUUAUGCACCACGAAUUCGAGGUUUAGUUAAAGUUAAAGCAUUACAUGAACAAGUUGCUUCUAUGGAAAAAAUUGUUGGACAAAUGAAAUUUAAUAAAGAACAAGUUUAUAAACAAGUACAACAAUUAAGACAACGAAUUGAUCAAUUAAUUAAUGAAAUUACAAAUACAUCUGUGAAUUCAACACAUAUUGAUAAUGCAUACAAUGAUCUUGUUUCAUCAAUUGAUCGUGAAUUUCGUCGAUUAAAACAAGUUCUUGCUGAACAAGAAAUAAAAGAAGAAGAAGAACGUUUAAAAAAAAUUCAAAUGGAACUUGAACGUGAAAAGAAAAAAAAACUUGCUGAAGAACAACGUUUAGAACAAGAAAAAGAAGAAUUUCGACAACGCUCAGCUAUUGCUCAACGUCAAAAAGAAGAAGAACAGUUCAAAGGUAAACUUACUGCUGAAGAAACAAAACGUCAAAAAGAACGUCAAGCAAAAGAAUCUGAUGAAGAAGCUCAUUUAGCUGAAGUGAAUGAACGUGAACGUCGUGAUUAUGAUUUAGCACGACGUCUUGCUUUAGAAACAGGUGGCGAAGCGGAUUUACCACAUUUACAACGAAGACGUCGUCCUACUGUUAAUCAAAAACAUGAUUUAAGUAAACAUACAUAUGCUCAAUUACGUGAUUUAAUUAAUACAUCUUGUGAUUUGGAAUUACUUGAAGCUUGUCGAGAAGAAUUUCAUCGACGUUUAAAAGUUUAUCAUGCAUGGAAAUCAAAAAAUCGAAAAGGAAAAAAUCCAUCAGCAUUAGAUGAUAAAAUGGAUGAAGCUGAAGAACGAGCUCCAAACGAUAUUUUAAAUAAUGUUGUGCCACCUUCAAUGGCUAGUGGUACAUCAACAUCAAGUGGAUCAAUGAAAAAAGCUGGACAACUAUUAACAACUACUAAUUCGAAAAAGAAUAGUAGUGGUAAAGGAGCUGAACAGCGAUAUUUUCGCAUUCCAUUUAUUCGUCCUAAUGAUCAAAAUCGAAAUACACAUGGUGAACAAAAAAAGAAAGGAUGGUGGUAUGCUCAUUUUGAUGAUAAAUGGAUUGCUCGUCAAAUGGAAAUUCAUCCAAAUAAAGAAGCAGUACUUCUUGUUGCUGGUGUUGAUGAUAUGAAUAUGUGUGAAUUAAGUUUAGAUGAAACAGGUUUAACAUCGAAAAAAGGUGCUGAAAUUCUUGAAAGUGAUUUUGAACAAGAAUGGCUUAAACAUGGUGGUCGAGAAUAUUUAAACGCACAUUUUGGACAAAUUAGUUCUAAAUAUGUUGUUCAAUUACUUCAAAAUUAUCGUUAA